CCGCCCUUCAGCUAGAUAAUAUGCCAUGGGGUUAGUUUUCUUCGUUACCUGUCAUUACAACUCCCUCCUCCCCUUCCCUACAAUAACAUUUCUGAUCAGAAGCCCGCAAAUACGACUCAUGACAACAUGACUCUCCCCUCUAUCGACCUCACUGCGCCAAAUGGCGUCAAAUGGAGCCAGCCCACUGGUCUGUUUAUUAACAACGACUUUGUUGCGUCGUCAAGCGGCGAGACAAUCGCAUCGAUCGAUCCAGCCACUGAAGAAGUUAUUGCUAGUGUUCAGGCUGCCAGUGCUGAGGAUGUUGACAAAGCUGUUAAAGCUGCAAAAGCGGCAUUGAGAGAUCCUUCUUGGAAGCAACUGUCGGCCUCUGACCGAGGCCGCCUUAUGGCACGUCUUGCCGACCUGAUUGAGGCGAAGAAAGAAGUCUUUGCGACAAUCGAGGCCUGGGAUAAUGGUAAAACAUAUCAAGAAGCAUUGGAUGUUGAUCUUGUCGAGGCCGUGGCCGUGAUACGGUACUACGCUGGGUGGGCCGACAAACAGUAUGGCCAAACGAUAAGCACAACACAUCAGAAGUUUGCAUACACGCUGCGUCAGCCGAUCGGAGUCAUUGGCCAAAUCAUUCCAUGGAACUAUCCGCUUUCAAUGGCUACUUGGAAGUUAGGGCCCGCACUGGCUUGCGGCAAUACUGUAGUACUCAAAGCCGCAGAGCAGACUCCACUAAGCAUCCUUGUGCUUGGAGAGCUUAUCAAAGAGGCUGGAUUCCCGCCCGGAGUAGUCAAUUUCGUCAAUGGACUGGGCAAGGAUGCCGGAUCUGCCCUGGUGAACCAUCCGUUGGUGGACAAGAUUGCCUUUACAGGGUCAACGGCGACGGCUGCAAGUAUCAUGGCGACCGCAGCGAAGACUUUGAAGAAUAUCACUCUCGAAACUGGAGGCAAAUCGCCACUUGUUGUAUUCAAAGAUGCCGAUAUGGACCAGGCCGUCAAAUGGUCUCAUUUGGGCAUCAUGUCCAAUCAGGGUCAAAUCUGCACGGCUACAUCGCGAAUUCUGGUCCAGGAUGAAGUUUAUGACGAUUUUGUAAAGAGAUUUCUCGAAACUCUGAAGGCCGUCAGCAAAGUGGGCAGUCAAUGGGAAAAGGAUACAUACCAGGGCCCCCAGGUCUCCAAAGCGCAAUAUGAUCGAGUACUGGAUUACAUUGAAAUCGGUAAAACCGAGGGCGCAAAGGUUGCUGCUGGAGGCCACCCUCUUGAUAUCGAAGGCAAGGGCAAGGGUUUCUUUAUUGCCCCAACAGUAUUCACCGAUGUCACUCCUUCAAUGAGAGUCUACAGAGAAGAGAUAUUUGGGCCUGUUGUUGUUAUCUUACGAUUCAAAACGGAGGACGAAGCACUCGAGCUGGCAAACAACACAACUUACGGUUUGGGGGCCGCCGUCUUCACAACUGACCUGGAAAGAGCUCAUCGCAUGGCAGCUGAGAUUGAGUCGGGAAUGGUGUGGAUCAAUAGCAGUCAAGACUGUGAUCCGCGUGUGCCAUUCGGAGGCGUUAAGCAGAGCGGUAUCGGCCGAGAACUUGGAGAGGCGGGUCUUGAGGCGUAUUCCCAGAUCAAAGCUGUGCAUGUAAACAUGGGAAAUCGGUUGUAAAGAUAUCGGAUUCUAGAAAAACGGCCAUAUAUCCUCUCCAUGGUACUAGAACAAGAGGCCAAUGGCACUAUAAACUAAGAAG